GAAUAAAAGAAAAGCAAAACAAGUUAAAAUGUUCUCAAUUUGCAAACAGACAGUCCCAGCGACUGGAGUUGAGUUUGCAAUUAAAUGUAACUUCUUUAAUAAUCUGGAAAAAUGUCUCGUUACUGGUGGUGCAAAUGUGUUGAAAGUUUAUCGUAUAACGCCUGAUAUUGAGCUAAAUACGAAAGAGAAAUUCACAGAUAAUCGUCCACCAAAUAUGAGACUCGAAUGUUUGGCAUCGUAUGAACUUUUCGGCAACAUAAUGUCAUUGCAAUCAGUUUCACUCAACAAUUCACCAAGAGACGCGCUUUUGAUCAGUUUUCAAGAAGCCAAAUUAUCAGUAGUUCAACAUGAUCCUGAUUCAUUUGAUCUUAAAACAUUAUCACUUCAUUAUUUUGAAGAGGAUGACGUCAAAGGAGGAUGGACCGGAACUCAUAACAUUCCCAUAGUGCGUGUAGAUCCUGACAGUCGAUGCUCUGUAAUGUUAGUUUAUGGAAAGAAGCUUGUAGUUCUUCCCUUCCGAAAAGACAACACGCUAGAUGAAAUUGAAAUUCAAGAUGUCAAACCAAUGAAGAAAACGCCGAUGCAACUCAUUGCGAAAACUCCAAUUUUGCCAUCAUAUUUGAUUGCUCUGAAAGAUCUCGACGAAAAAAUUGAUAAUAUCUUGGACAUACAAUUUCUACAGGGUUAUUAUGAGCCGACUUUAUUGAUUCUUUAUGAACCAGUGAAAACUUAUCCAGGUCGUAUUGCUGUUCGUAACGACACAUGUUCCAUGGUCGCAAUAUCAUUGAAUAUUCAACAGCGUGUUCAUCCAGUCAUUUGGUCAGUUACAAAUCUUCCUUACGAUGCACUUCAAGCAGUUCCAAUCAACAAGCCAGUUGGUGGUUGUUUAAUUCUUUGCACGAAUUCUCUCAUCUACUUGAAUCAAAGUGUGCCAAGUUAUGGUGUCAGUUUGAACAGCACAGCAGAUCACAGCACAAACUUUCCACUUAAGCCUCAAGAUGGUGUGAAGAUAAGUUUAGAUUCAGCUCAAAUUGCUUUCAUCAACAACGAAAAGUUGGUUUUGUCAUUAAAAGACGGCGAACUUUACGUUUUAUCUCUACUUGCUGAUUCAAUGCGAAGUGUCAGAAGUUUUCAUUUCAGUCGUGCUGCUUCCAGUGUUUUGACGAGUUGUAUUUGCUUAUGUCAAGAAGAUUAUCUGUUUCUGGGUUCACGACUUGGCAAUUCAUUACUUCUACGAUUCAAAGAAAAAGACGACAACAUGGUCAUAACAAUUGAAGACGCUGAAACACCUUCGAUUGAAAAAGAUGUUCAAUUGACGAAGAAAAUGCGACUGGAAGAAGAAGAAUUGCUUGUAUACGGUGCAAAAUCUGCGAAGACGUCAGUCAAUCUUUCAAGUUAUAUCUUCGAAGUUUGUGAUAGCAUUUUAAAUCUUGCACCAAUCGGUUACAUGGCUGUUGGUGAACGUGUGCAAACGGAAGAACAUCAAGAUGAUGAUAAUGAGAAUGAGAAACGAGAUUCAUCUAAAAUGGAGUUGGAAAUCGUGACAAGUACGGGAUUUGGUAAAAAUGGAGCGCUUUGUGUUCUUCACAACACUCUCCGGCCAAAGACACUCACAAGCUUUGAAUUGAGUGGAUGUUUGGAUCUUUGGACAGUUAUUGAUGAUUCGCAAAUGAGACGAGAGAAUCGUCACACUUUCAUGAUCUUAACUCAACGAACCAGCACGAUGGUCCUCAGAACUGGUGAAGAAAUCAGCGACAUUCAUAACACGGGAUUUGCUUGCACAACACCCACGAUAUUCGUUGGAAAUCUCGGUUCUAAUCGUUACAUCGUCCAAGUUACAUCAAAAUCCAUUCGAUUAAUUCAAGGAACGCGACUUGUUCAAAAUAUUCCCAUUGAUCUUGGACAUCCAUUGACAAAUGUUUCAAUUGCUGAUCCGUACAUUUGUGUGAGAGCAUCGAAUGGUCAAAUUGUCACUUUGGCUUUACGAGACAACAAGGAAUAUUCAUUUCAACGUCUUUAUAUGAAUCGUAAUCGCAUCAGUGGCACAGCUGUUGCCAUUUCCAUUUAUAAAGACACUUCAGGACUUUUCACAACGAAAUGUGAAGAUUUUGCUGAUCUCACAAAGACGCCAGCAGGCACACGAGACUUUGGAGGCUACAUGAAAGCCGAACCUGGAAAAGAUGUGGAAGAUGAAGAAGAUUUACUUUAUGGUGAGAGUGGAAGUAAAUUUAAAAUGCAAUCGAUGGUUGAUAUGACAUUGGCGACAAAUGCUCAGCGUUCUGAUUGGUGGCGACGCUUCUUGUUGCCUAUCAAGCCAACUUAUUGGUUGUUCCUGACACGUGACAAUGGAAAUUUGGAGAUUUAUUCAGUGCCAGACUUGAAGUUGAUGUAUUUGGUGACAGACAUUGGCAUGGGAAAUAAAAUUCUUGCUGAUGCUAUGGAAUAUGUUUUAUUGCCACAGACGAGAGACGAAGGAGAUGCCGAAGGAGAGAAAAACGAACAAAAUCCAUCAAGCGCUUUGACUGUUCCACAAGAAAUCCUCAUGAUUGGUCUUGGUCACAACGGAUCACGUCCUUUGUUAUUUGUUCGAAUGAAAUCUGAAAUUUUAAUUUAUCAGGCAUUCAAAUACAUUCAAGGAAAUCUCAAAAUACGAUUUCGAAAGUUGAAACAUUCGAUAAUUUAUUCGUCAAUCGAGCAAAAUAUUAAAAUGGAAAAUGAUAACUUUGGUGAUGAAAUGGAAGAAUUUUCUAUUAAUCCACUCAACACACAAAAGCUUCGUUACUUCAACAACAUUAAUGGUCUUAAUGGAGUUUGUGUGUGUGGCAAUAGUCGAUCUUACUUUGUGUUUCUAACAAUGAAAGGUGAACUGCGAACACAUCAGUUUAAUGAUGAUUCUGUUGCUAGUAACAGCAGCAGCAUUAAAUGCUUCGCUGACUUCAACAACGUCAAUUGUCCUAAUGGAUUUCUUUACUUCAACAUCACUGACGACGAUUUAAAGAUUUCUGCACUACCCGAAAAUAUUUUGUACGAUGCUCAUUGUCCAAUGCAAAAAGUUUCCAUUCGAAGCACGCCACAGCACAUCAUUUAUCAUCGAGAAGUUAAAGUUUAUGGUUUAGUGUUGAGUCACAAAGAAGUUAGCAACAAAUAUUUUCGAUUCAAUGGCGAAGACAAAGAAUUGUGUGAAGACAGUCGUGGAGAUCGUUUUAUGUUCCCACAAAUCGAUAAGUUUUCGUUUGUUCUUGUGUCGCCUUCGAAUUGGCAGAUUGUUCCGGAAAUUCAAAAGGAUUUGGAUGAUUGGGAACAUGUUUUAUCGCUUAAAGUUGUGAUGUUGACUUACGAAGGUGCACAAUCGGGAUUAAAGGAAUACAUUUGCAUGGGAACGAACUUUAAUUAUAGUGAAGACAUCACAUCGCGUGGUAGAAUUCUUCUUUUCGAUCUGAUUGAAGUUGUUCCGGAACCUGAUAAGCCAUGGACGAAAUACAAGUUAAAGCAAGUUUAUGCAAAAGAACAGAAAGGACCAGUUUCAGCUAUCACAAGCACUAUGGGAUUCCUUGUGACUUCAGUGGGACAGAAAGUUUAUCUAUGGCAAUUGAAAGACGAUGACAUUGUCGGUGUUGCUUUUAUCGACACAAAUAUUUUCAUCCAUCAAAUGGUUUCAAUCAAAUCUUUGAUUCUCAUCGCUGAUGUUUAUAAAUCGGUGACAGUUUUAAGAUUCCAAAAUGAGUUUCGAACAUUGUCGAUGGUGUCACGAGAUUACAACCCACUGAUGGUUUAUCAAGUUGAAUUUAUUGUUGACAAUGCCAAUUUAGCAUUUUUGGCGUCUGAUUCUGAAUCGAAUUUGUCAAUUUUUAUGUACCAACCGGAAGCUAGAGAAUCUCAUGGUGGACAAAAGUUAGUCCGACGAGCUGAUUAUCAUCUCGGUCAGAAGGUCAAUUGCAUGUUUCGUGUUGCUUGCAAUUUUAAACAUCAAAUGGAUAAGAAAAUUGCCGCCUAUGACAACAAACACAUGACAUUCUUUGCAACACUUGAUGGUGGGUUUGGCUUUGUUCUGCCACUUCCGGAGAAAACUUAUCGUCGACUUUUCAUGCUGCAAAACGUGUUAUUGACACAUAAAGCACAUUUGGGUGGACUCAAUCCUAAAUCAUAUCGAACGAUAAAACAAUGGCGUCGUAUUCUCACAAAUCCAGCAAGAGGAAUUCUUGAUGGUGAAUUAAUCUGGCAGUAUAUACAUUUAAACUUCUCAGAAAAGUUGGAAAUUGCUAAGAAGAUUGGAACAAAAGUUGAAGAAAUCUAUCAGGACAUUUUUGAGAUCGACACAGUUUCGAAAGUUUUUUAAACUAAUUAAAUUUCUUCUUCAUUUACAUAAAUUGUCUUAAACUUUAAGGAAAUAGAAAAUAAAACGAUGGGAACAAAUCUUAUUUGACUUCAACAUAAAAGCUUUCUUAUGCAACAUUGAGUUGGCUGCUUAACGAAAGAAAACAUUCAACAUAAAUUUUAACAUAAACUGGCCGAAAAUAAAUUUCAUUUAAUUCAAUUUCAGAUGUUCAUAAAUGUGAUUUAUAAAAAACAAUUUUCGAUGUUUUAUAAUCACAAUUAAAAUUAAAUUUACAUCCAUUCGCUUUGUUAUUCAUUUUAUGAAGUGAUGAUGAUAAUAAUAAAAAAGAUUAAA